AUGGCGCAUGAUGGGAGCUGCAGCGGCGCUGCCCCUGAGGCCCCUCAGGAAGGCUUGGUGGAGAACACAGUGCUGUGGGUGGCCAGCAAGCGCGCGCUAGAGGCGUCGCGCCUGCUCCCGCUGCUGCCCGACCCGGUCACUUCCGCCAUGGUGCCGGCAUCAGUCCUGGCAUCGCCACAGGUGCGAGCCUGGGAGGAGCUGGAGCAGCAGCGCAGCGCCCGUAUCAAGGAGGGGCGGGGGGCGCCAGCGGGAGGCGAGGAGGCAGACGCCGUCGCCGAUGUGCAGGCCAUGGUCACGCUGGCGCUGCGGUGCCGCUACAUCGACGACGAAAUCGUGGCGGCCAUCCAUGGGCUGCGCCGUCGGCGCCUGGCGGCACGCGCAGCCGACAGCGGCGGGCAGCCUUGCAUCCAAGUGGUGCUGCUGGGCUCGGGGCUGGACACGCGGCCGUGGAGCCUGGUGCUGGGCCACGACAUCCACUGGUUCGAGCUGGACCUGCCAGGCAUGGCGGCAUUCAAGUGGCGCUGCAUGGAGCGCGCGGGCAUGCAGGCCGCCUGGCAGGCGCAAGGCCCGCUCGACAUGCCCGCUGCCGGCGACGACGGGUCGGCCGCGGCGCACGCCUUCCCUCUGCGCGUGGGCUCCUGGGUGGCGUUGGCUGCCGACCUGACGCAGCCUGGGUGGAUGGAGGAUCUGCAGGCGCAUGGCUGGCAGCUUGUGGUCCCCACCGUCUGGGUGGUGGAGGGGGUCCUGUACUACCUGAGCCAGGCGCAUGCCGACCGCAUCGACAUCACCAGGGUCAGCCUGGCGGCAGGCCAGGGCGCCGCCAUCCUCACCAGCACCAACCCCAGCAUGGUUGAGGCCAUGCGCCUGCUCAAGGCCGGGGCGCGGGACCGGCAGGCAGACAGCAGCAGCAGCGGCGGCGGUGGUUGCGGCAGUCCCGCACGCUGGUGGUGGGAGCUGGCGUUCCCCAGCUACCACGCCACGCUGGGGGACGACCCGUGCGGCACGCUGCGGGAGAACUGGAGGGCAUGCACGCAGCUCCUGCCGGGCGAGGAGCAGGCGCAGGCGGCGCGCAGCUGCGGCGGCGCGCCGGUGCGGUCCGACAUCGUGACUGGCAGCCUGGGGAUGGCAUGA